GCUCCGGGAGGUGCAUGACUGAGACACAUAGGACACAAGAGAGAGACACAACUUUCCCCCUGAGUCUUUCUACAGCUGACCGGCCAACAAGAUGAGGGCUUCACUGCUGCUGCUGCUGUUAGUCACUCUCAUCUCUGUCAAAACUGUAGCUGGAGGGAAAAACAAGAAAGAGAAAAACAAACCCUCCCAACCCGGGUCAGAAUGCACUGACUGGCACUAUGGCAACUGUGUCCCUAGCAACGGAGACUGCGGAGCAGGGUUUAGAGAGGGGUCAUGUGACCAGCAGAGCAGGAAGAUGAAAUGUAAAGUACCUUGCAACUGGAAAAAAGAAUUUGGAGCUGACUGCAAGUAUCGCUUUGGCAGUUGGGGAGAGUGUGAUCCAAGCACUGGCUUGCGGUCCAGAUCAGGGACGUUGAAGAAGGCUCUGUAUGACGGGUGUCAACAGACUCUUUCCAUCACCAAACCUUGCACUGUAAAAACCAAGACCCAAAGGCCCAGAAGGCCCAAAGGAAAGAAGAGAAAAGGCAAGGCCAACUAAAAAAACGGAUGCAGAGAAGAGUCUGUGGGGAGAGACAAGAGUCUUAAGACUCAAAGACAAAUAGAAAUAAAACAAUAAUUGGCGUCUCACACAACACAACACUUCAUUUACAUAUAUGCAAUUUGGAAUCCAGGCUUUUCCCAACCAUGACUUUUAUUUUUAAAAGAGAAGAGUUGUAAAAAUGCACUAAAUCUCUAGAUUAGGACUAAAAACCAGCCAACACAGCAGCUCUCACAUCAAAGUGCAUUUGGAAUCUUCAUAUUAUAAAUUCUUUAUAUAUAAUAGACCACCAUGUUAUAAAUUCCUUUAACUUUAAAUAUAGAGAAAAAAAUAAUCUCUGUAAAGUAUUUUCUAUAGCUCCCCCAUCACUACCACACAUUUCACAGAAUAAAUGAAUCUGGGCAUGCACUCCACCAGAGAUACUCUGGGAAUGGAGCUAUUUUAACUCCCAAGUUGUCUCAGCUCCUUCUGAUUCAUUUUGUUAAUCUUGGCUCUGUCAGUAGCAUCAACAUGCAAACUGUAUAAUUUGGGUUUCAUUGCUUCAGCUCAGUCUGUGGCAAUAAAUGCAGCCAAGAAUCCAUCCUUUUCAAUAAUUCCAACUACCAUACUUGUAGAUUAAAGUGCAUUAGGAAUAUUACAUUUAUGAAUUUGCCACACUGUUGUACUUCUUUUACUUUGAAUGUUAAAAAAAAAAGAAAGAAAAAAUCUUUUUCUGUAAGGCUUUCCAUUUUCCUUCCACUUUAGAAAGGCAUUUUUUUCUCCUGUAAGGUUUGCUGCGACAGUAUUAUUUCCAUUUUUUCUUUUGUUUAUUAAAAUUUUCAAAA